AAAAUCAGGUUGAAGGCAGAAGGGAAAUGCACAUAGCAACCUCCAAUGCACAAAGAUCCGUAUAUACACAUACACGUAGGAUCACGAGCAAGGAAACAGCAGGAUAUCCUUUACUACACGGAGGACGCGGCGCACCACAAACAGGAACUUUAAAGGGAUUGAAAUCUGUUGCCUGUUCCACUAGGAAUAUUGUUUGCAAGGCACAAGGUGUCUUUUGGUAGUGAGCACCCUCUGCGCAUGCGCAGGUCCAUUCGGGAAUUACUGCCCUGCCGCCGACUAAGUUGCAUUCCUUGAAUCUUCGCAGAAAAGACAAUUCUUUAAUCAGAGUUAGUAAUGUGGACAGUACAAAAUCGAGAGAGUUUGGGGCUUCUCUCUUUCCCUGUGAUGAUUGCCAUGGUCUGUUGUGCCCACAGCGCCAAUGAGCCCAGCAACAUGUCAUACGUGAAAGAGACAGUGGACAGAUUGCUCAAAGGAUAUGACAUUCGCUUGCGGCCGGACUUUGGAGGGCCCCCUGUGGACGUCGGGAUGAGGAUCGAUGUCGCCAGCAUAGACAUGGUCUCCGAAGUGAAUAUGGAUUAUACACUCACUAUGUAUUUCCAGCAGUCUUGGAAAGACAAAAGGCUUUCUUAUUCUGGAAUCCCACUAAACCUCACACUAGACAACAGGGUGGCUGACCAACUCUGGGUACCAGACACCUACUUUUUGAAUGACAAGAAAUCAUUUGUGCAUGGGGUUACGGUGAAAAAUCGAAUGAUCCGACUGCAUCCUGAUGGAACAGUUCUCUAUGGACUCCGGAUCACAACCACAGCUGCCUGCAUGAUGGAUCUACGGAGAUAUCCUCUGGACGAGCAAAACUGCACCCUGGAGAUUGAAAGUUAUGGCUAUACCACAGAUGACAUUGAGUUUUACUGGAAUGGAGGAGAGGGAGCAGUAACGGGAGUCAAUAAAAUUGAGCUUCCUCAGUUUUCAAUCGUCGACUACAAGAUGGUGUCCAAGAAGGUGGAGUUCACAACAGGGGCAUAUCCACGACUGUCACUAAGUUUUCGUCUAAAGAGAAACAUUGGUUACUUCAUUUUGCAAACCUACAUGCCUUCCACACUGAUUACUAUUCUGUCCUGGGUGUCGUUUUGGAUCAACUACGAUGCAUCUGCAGCCAGAGUGGCACUAGGAAUCACCACGGUGCUGACGAUGACGACCAUCAGCACUCACCUCAGGGAGACCCUGCCAAAGAUCCCUUACGUCAAAGCGAUUGACAUUUACCUGAUGGGUUGCUUUGUGUUCGUGUUCCUGGCUCUGCUGGAAUAUGCCUUUGUAAAUUACAUCUUCUUUGGGAAAGGCCCUCAGAAAAAAGGAGCUGGCAAACAAGACCAAAGCGCUAAUGAGAAGAACAAACUGGAGAUGAAUAAAGUCCAGGUCGACGCCCACGGCAACAUUCUCCUCAGCACCCUGGAAAUCAGGAACGAGACAAGCGGCUCGGAAGUGCUCACGGGCGUGAGCGACGCCAAGGCCACCAUGUACUCCUACGACAGCGCCAGCAUCCAGUACCGCAAGCCGCUGAGCAGCCGCGAGGCGUACGGGCGCGCGCUGGACCGGCACGGCGCGCACAGCAAGGGGCGCAUCCGCCGGCGCGCCUCGCAGCUCAAAGUCAAGAUCCCCGACUUGACUGAUGUGAAUUCCAUAGACAAGUGGUCCCGAAUGUUUUUCCCCAUCACCUUUUCUCUUUUUAACGUCGUCUAUUGGCUUUACUAUGUACACUAAGGUCUGUCCCAAGGGUUGGUAAACAAUUUCUGUCCUCUUCUCUUGGUUUUUAACCCCACAGGUCCCCAGCAGCGAUACUGCUGUGAUUUUUCGAGGUAAGAGAUUCAGCCAUCCAAUUGGUUUUAGGUCUUGCAUAUCAAUUUUAUUACUGCACCAUGUUUACUUCAAAAAAAAAAAAAAGCUCUAUUUUUUUUCAGUCUACUGUGGUCCAGGUUAUUGGCUCUUUCAGAGCUCUGUUAAUUGCCAUGUUUACAAACCCACACACGCAAAGAGAGAAAUUAGAUAGGUAGAUCUUUAGCAGUCCUGAUUGUCCUGGAUUUUACUGAUUAUUUUUUAAACGAAAAUGGACCUCGCUUUCUGUGUGCACUGCUUCCUGGUAAACUGUAACAAUCUCAUGCUGCCAAAAAACAACACAAUUUCCAGGAUCUCAGAAGAAAAAACAAAGCCAUUGAUAAGUUACAGAUUUCCAGGAAGAAGGGAAAACAAAAAGGAGCCUAGAAGAGGAAGACAGACUUCCCUCCACCCUCAAGUUGCCCCAGGUCCAUCAUAGAAGGGGGUCCCAGCUCCUCGGAGAAAGAGAGGGAGGCUGGCGUGUGCUGAUCCAGGUUAUGCGAAUGCAAUCUGUCAUCUUCACCGGCCCCUCGCCCCCCACCCCAUGAAGCUGGAUAUUUUGAAAAACGCUUCUUACUCAGACUUCCAGGCAGAUUUAAUAUCAACGUUAGAAUCCAAUCUAGUAGCCAUUGGGAACAUUUUACUUUCCUUACUGAGAAUAGAGUAUUUGGGGGACAAUGAACAUUUUUUUUUUUUUUGUAACAGACUAUUUCAAAUGAGCAGCCCUGAUUCAUGUCCUUAGCCUGGACGCACUUGACUCUGUGCCAUGAAGCCAUGGCAUCAUAUUGCUUGAGUUCCUCCUUCCAAGAGAUGGAGAGAAAGGGGGCUGGGGGAAGUGGGCUUUGCAGAAGCAGGGGGUAAGAAAUUUUUGCUUGAGAAAAAUAUUGCCCUUUCCAUGAAGAAGGCAAGAUUUAUGUACUGUUGAAAGGGUGCCUGGGCAGUGACCCGAACUGCCAAAUCUUCAAUCAAAUAGUAUAUAUUUCUUAGCCUUCCAGAGAGCAGUUAUCUAAUGGGGACGGGCCAGUUGCACAGCGCUAGUUCCUGGGCUAGCACUUCCCGCCUCUGCUCUCUGAGCUCUGUGUUCCAAAAUGCGAAAUGAACACUUCGGGAGAUGCACCUAUACCCAUUUGAUGUCAUUCUCCAUCGAGGCCAAAUUUUGAGAGAAAAUCUUCAAAGGAGCAAAACCACAGAUAACAACAUCACUGAGUCUUCAUUUACAGCAGCCCUAAAGUAUAGAGUCUUGUCUGCAGUCAGUACUGCCUCUGCCUUAUCUCUGCUGAUGGAUUACUUUGGUCAUCCUAGAAGGAGCAUCCCUCAGUAGCUCAACACACGACUCUACACAUAUCCAACCAACUACAGUUGAGACUCAUCUCAUCUUUUUUUCAUUGAAGCCUCAUUACUACUUUUUUUGUUCAGCCUGCCUGUAUAAGAAUUCUAUACAUUCAUUUGCAAGGUUGAGUGAAAUCCAAAGCUGACCAACCAGUCAUGAAGGCAAUUUGGAACCCGAUCUAUGGAUGUGAUGUAAGAGCUCAGUUCGUAAUAGGGAUGACUGCCUCAUUUGAUGAUCUGGAUUUCUCCCUAAGGCUGUGAUGAGGGUCUGUGUUCACAAUGGCAUCAGCUGCUAGAAAUGAUCCUCUUAAUUGAAAAGAGAGGGUUGAUUUCCUACUGUUAAACCCAAGGAGAGAGAGUUACAAGAUAUUAUUUUAGAAAGCAAGAGGAAAAGAGAACCCCAAAAGAAACAAAUGGUUAUGCAAUAGAUAAUAUAUGUUAGUAAGAAUAUAAAAACUCUGCUUUACCUGGAAAAAUCAUCUCAGUAGUUUCAUGAGAAAUUAGUUGAGUAUGGGGACCAAAUUUUCCUUUAGGUUUUCAGUUGUAUAAUCAUAGUUCCCUUCAAGGAACUCUCCAGUCUCUAGGGGUGGAGUGAUCCACUGUGAAAUUCUGAUUCGUUGGUUCCUUGGCAGGGUGAGAUGCUUUUCCAUUGUAAAAUGCCCAAAGAGAGUGGAAUGUGGCCAUACCAGUGACCUUCAGGUUAAUAUUCCCAAUGCCCACCCAGGAAUCACUGUGUAGCCAUUUAUUUUAAACACUGGAAAGGCAAUUUUGGGCAGAUACCUAGGAGGAAUCAUUUUGAUGUCCAAGCUCUUUAAAAAGUUUCUAAGGAUGAAGUUCUAAAUCAGAAAUGAAGUAUCUGUAAUCUAUGUUCCCGAGCAAAACAAUUUUUCUUUAUUUACCUGUUUAGAUCAUUCUUGGAAAAUAUUGAGUAAUUUAUAUCUUUAUUAUUAUUUGGCAUUAAAAGUCUGAAGAAUUUGAUGCUUGUGGUUUUGGAUGUAAAGCAUCACUGAAGAAAAAAAAAUACUUUGAACUCUUAUAUCAACCUUCGUAAACUGUAAAA